AUGGAUCGCCUGUUCCGGGAUUUCGGAAAGGCAGUGGAUGUCGGUGAUGGGAGAGCUUUGGCUACAUCGCUGCUUCCAGUAUCUCCUUCUGGCGACCCGACUCGACUCCGUAACAUAUGGAAUGGAGCCAAUCAGCACGAUGCAAAGUCAAGCAUCAAGCGCAAAAUUCAGAACAGUACAGACGCGCUUAACAACACUGAAGUACAAGGCUGGACUGAAGUAUACUAUGCUUACUGGAAGGCUGUUGGAGAGAUCCUUCUCAUACAAGAAAAACAAGAGGGUACCGGGGCAAAAGGACAGGCUACAUGGAUGAGUGUGUAUGAGGCUUGGAAAGACGUGACCUUGGCUCUUCACAGAGGUUAUACGAACUACGGAUUCGAAGCCUGGAGCAUACCCACACUCUAUGUCGUGGGGAAAUAUCUGCGUGUAUUUGCCGUCAAGGCUGACGACGAGCGAAAUGUCACUGCAAGCUUUGACGGCAACGCCACCUUUCAGGACGACUUUGAUGCCGAGAACGAAAAGCAUCAGCAGCUGGAAGAUUGUGCUCGCCAACUCAACCGACUCUUUCAACUGUGCCUGAGCGAUCGAACACAAGAUAUUGCAAACUCAAGAAAAUGGGGCAUUUACGGCGUGAUAAAUUUGCUGUUCAAAACGUAUUUCAAGCUCAACUCAGCAGGCUUAUCGAGAAACAUCCUCAAGGCCCUAAGUGCCUAUCAGGGAGACAUGCCUAGCCUCGAUAACUUUCCCAAGUCCCAGCGCGUUACUUUCAAGUAUUACGAGGGGGUUUUAUACUUUCUCGAAGAGAACUACGUGGAGGCAGAGAAGCAUCUCACUGAGGCUUGGCUUUCAUGUCAUAACCAAGCACUGAAGAACAAAGACGAAAAGCUGCUGGAGCCAUACCCUCGCCUGCAGAAGCUGUUUCUUCCACUUUCGCAGUGCAUAAAGAAAGGCGAUCUGCAUGCAUUCGACGUCGCAUUACAGAGGAACGAAGACGAGUUUGUCAGACAGCGCAUCUAUCUCACGCUGGAACGUGGACGAGAUAUCGCUCUCCGCAACCUCUUGAGGAAGGUCUUCCUUGCUGGCGGGUUUGAGGAGCCAACAGCACCUGGUGUAGCACCAGUCCGUCGGACGCGCGUGCCUGUAGCAAACUUCUCUGCUGCCAUCAAGCUGGGUAGCCAGGAGAGUCUAGAUGUGGAUGAGGUGGAGUGCCUGAUAGCAAACAUGAUUUACAAGAAUCUCAUGAAGGGAUACAUCCAUCGUGAGAGGGGCAUUGUAGUGUUGAGCAAGGCGGCGGCUUUCCCAGGUACCGGCGUGUAA